AUGGUGGAUGACAACCCCAUGGAAAAAUGUAUCCUGGAAACAAACUGCUUGAUUUGCGGGCAAUAUUUUAAGGACCCCGUAAUUCUUGACUGCGGACACAUUUUCUGCCGAGAUUGCGUGAUGAAGUGCUGGAAAGAAUCUUCAUCAGAACUUGCCUGUCCUCAGUGUAAGCAUGUAAUUCUUCAGGAGAACUUCAGCCAAAAUCAGCAACUGGACAAUGUCAGAUUACUCAAGCAAUUAAGAGGUCAGGCAGAAGGAGACACCAAAUAUUGUCAGCAACAUCAAGAACAUUUGGAGCUGUUCUGUAAGAAUGACCAGGUCUUUGUCUGUUCAGUGUGUUAUGGAUCUGAUGAGCAUCAGGCUCACACUGUCAUCCCUAUUGAAACAGCUGCUCUGGAGUUCAAGGAUUUAUUUUGCAGUUGCCUGAACAUUUUGAAGAAGGAAAGAGAUGAGAUUUUGCAACUUCAGUCAUACAUGGAGUACGAGUGCCAAACUCUAAUCGAGCAAAUAGGAAGAAACAGAAGAACCAUGAAAGCUGAUUUUGAGGAGCUGCACCAGUUUCUUAAAGAACAAGAGAACUUUCUGCUGAGCAGGAUGGAGGACAUGGAAGAUAAUAUUGUGCGGAAGAGAGAGGAGCAUGUUGACCAGGUCUUCAAAGAGCUCCGUUCCCUGGAGGCUGUCAUCUGGGAAUUGCAGGAGAAAUGCCAGCAACCGAUCAAUGAGCUCCUACAGGAUGCUGGAAGCACCUUGAAGAAGUUCUUGACCAAAGAUGUAUUUGGUAGCCCAUUGAUGUUUCCCUUGGGGCUAAAAUGGGAAAUCUGGGACCUGUGCGAUUUAAGUGCCGUUUUGAAGAAUGCCAUGAAGCAAUUUAAAGAUGCAAUAAACUUUGGAUUUCCGCUGCACAAAGCUCAAGUGACUUUGGAUCCAGACACAGCUCACCCCAAAUUCAUUAUAUCUGAGAAUCGGAAAAGCUUGAUCCUGGGAAACUGGCCUAGACUUCAUUCCCAUUGCUCUAAAAGAUUUGAUCAAUGUUUUUUCGUGCUGGGAUGUGAAGAAUUCAACACCGGCAGGUGCUACUGGGAAGUCACUGUAGACAAUGAGGAUGGCUGGGGUCUGGGAGUUGCUAAGGCCUCUGUGAAGCGCAAAGGGAUCGUCUCUCUAGAUCCCGCAGAAGGAAUCUGGGCAAUGGCGAAGUGGGGAGACCACUGUAUGAUUCUCCUCCCUCCUCAUUUCCCUGCCCAGCUCAUGAGUUGGGCUCUCCACAGGAUCCGUGUAUCUCUGAAUUAUAUUGGAGGUCGGCUGUCCUUUUUUGAUGCAGAUAGAGGGAUUCUGUUAGCUGUCUUCUUGGGGGCUUCAUUUUCUGGAGAACCCCUUCACCCUUUCUUUUGGCUUCAGAGAAAAGCUCAACUCGUUCUCUGUUAA